AUUUAAUCUCUGAUAAAAUUACGUGGCAACGCUGUAUUGCCGGUGGAAUACGUAUGCUCAACGGUGUCAACGUGACUGCUAGUGCUGUUUCUCCAUGGUUUCUCCGCAAUUUUAUUUAUUCUCUUAAAUUUAUAAUUCUAUAAAUUAAUUUAACAAAAGUUAACAAAGUAAAAAAUAUAUAAAAAAAUUAACAAUUGUAUCAUAAGCAUUUAAUAAUACUUAUUUAAGUUAUUUUUAACAUCUAAUUUAGCGUCCGACAACGUUGGAAUCUGAUGAAAUCGAUGGAAUCUGAAAAUCCGUCCACGUUAUGUUGCAUCAGUUUCAUUCUGGUCAGCGUUGUAUUUGGUUUAACCUGUGGUUUAACCUCCUGUUGGUGGAGUGUAAAAUCGUUUUAAUUCGUGUUUAUUUCUCCCGGCAGUUUAAUAUUUUGUAAGAAAAGAAAAUGUGCGGAAUCUGGGCAAUAUUUGGAUCAGAAAAUACUUUCCAUAUGUGUGCCAAUGCUUUUUCAAAAAUUACUCAUAGAGGUCCAGACGCCUGGAGAAUUGAAUAUGACAAACGAUUACCGAAUUGCUGUAUUGGAUUCCAUAGAUUGACGAUUGUGGAUUGCACUUAUGGUAUGCAACCUAUGAAACUUCAUCAGUACCCACAUUCUAUGCUUAUUUGUAACGGGGAAUUAUACAACUGUAAAAAGCUUCAAAAAGAAUACGAAUUCAAUUAUGAAACAUUCAGUGACGUAGAAUGUAUUUUUCAUUUAUAUGAAAAAUUUGGAAUUUCUAAAUGUGUGCAAAGCCUGGAUGGAGUGUUUGCAUUUGCCAUUGUUGAUGUUACAAAAAGGAAGGUGUUUCUUGGUAGAGAUCCUUAUGGUGUUAGACCUCUAUUUAGAGUCAUUGGCGAAAAUGGGGUACUCGCAAUUUGUUCAGAAGCUAAAGGCUUGACAUCCGUUGCAGAAAGUCUAAACGGAUUCAAGAAAAUGCUGGAACCUUUUCCUCCUGGAACAUUUGAGGAAUACGAUAUUUUAGAGAAUGGUACAGUGAAAUUGGUACAAAGUCAGAGAUAUUUUUCUCCAGGCGAUCGUCCAAGUUUUCAGCCUUUUUUGCCGUACGAAGAAUUGGAUGAAAAUAAACACGAAGAGAAUAUUGCUAAACUUUUAAUUAUGGCAGUGAAAAAACGGCUCAUGGCAGAUCGGAGAAUUGGUUGUUUAUUGUCAGGAGGAUUAGAUUCAUCCUUGGUUGCGGCUUUGUUAGUAAAGGAAGCAAAGAAGCAAAACUUAACUUAUAAAAUUCAAUCCUUUGCGAUUGGUAUGGAAGGAAGUCCGGAUCUCGAAAAAGCGCGACAGGUGGCUAAAUAUAUUGGAACUGAACACCAUGAAGUUAUUUUUACAGAGGAUGAUGUAGCGCAAGUUCUAGAUGAAGUUAUUUAUACUUUAGAAACUUCAGAUAUAACAACAAUUAGGGCAUCCAUAGGCAUGUACUUGCUGUCUAAAUAUAUCCUGGAGAAUACCAACACAACUGUGGUUUUUAGUGGAGAAGGAGCAGAUGAGGUGGCUCAAGGGUAUAUUUACUUUAGGGAUGCUCCAAGUGCUUCAGAGGCACACAAAGACAGUUUAAGGUUACUUAAGGAGAUAUAUUUGUUUGAUGGAUUAAGAGCUGACAGAACAAUGGCGGCACAAAGUUUGGAGCUCAGGGUACCUUUUCUUGAUCUCCAGUUUACACAUUACUAUCUAAAUAUAGAUCCAAAGCUAAAGCAACCCAAAGAUGGCAUUGAAAAAUAUUUACUUAGAUCUGCUUUUGAAAAUUCUAACAUACUUCCACAUGACAUUCUUUGGAGACACAAGGAAGCUUUCAGUGAUGGUGUGGCUUCAAAAAAGAAAUCAUUAUUUGUUAUACUGAAGGAAGUGGUAGAGAAGCGGUUGCCGGAACCAUAUGAUCAGGACAAUGUGACAAAGUGCUACCCUCAUUGUACUCCAAAUUCUAAAGAAGCGCUAUAUUAUAGGCAAAUAUAUGAAAAAAAUUAUUCGAAGUUAACAGCGAGUAUACUUCCUCAUUAUUGGAUGCCCCGAUGGGUUGAAGGCGUAUCCGAUCCAUCAGCAAGAUUUAUUAAGCAUUAUGCAGCAGAUGAAGAAAAAAUAAAAUAAAAUAUUAAUACAUGUUAUUAUAUCUUAUGUAUAUAAAAUAACAUAUUAUUUUUGUUUUAA